AUGGCCAUGCAGGCAAAACGACUGAAUGCGCUCUUUUACGCACCGCUUGGAAGGAAGGCGCAGGGGAUAUUCAACUGGCCAAUUGGCUUGCAGACGGAGAGGAGAAGAGGGAAGUUCCCCUACACAACAGCGUGCACGUUGAUAGGUACCCCAUCAAGGGGAAAACACGCCGAGGAAAACAUCCCCAUGGAGGAGCUGAAAAAAUAUUUAUGUGUAGAAAAAAUACAUUCGGAAGAUUUCAAAAAAAUAAUGAACAAAUGUAUGCAAGUGAAUAAAGACAACGACAUACGUAUUGAAGAUUUAUUGCUCAUUUUAAUUUUGUUUACAAAAUUUGUUCCCCAUUUUAAGAAAAUAUGCGGAGAUUCACUCCACGAUGAAAUUUGCCAUAACAUUUUUAGCAGUAUAAAAUUAAAGGCACAUUAUUUGUACACAAGCAAAAUGCUCAUCCACACGAUGAACAUUCUGACGAAUUUACAAUUUAUUGACAACGCACUGGUUUCCGCGUUCACAAAUAAAUGCUCAUAUUUCAUACAAAAAGAGGAAUACGAAAUUGAAGACUUGGUUCAUUUUCUUUCCGUUUUUAGCAAAAUUUAUUUGUUGAAAAAUGACCCUAAAUUUGUGAAAUUAAAAAGCUUCAAUUGGGUGCUAAUCAAAAAUAUAUGCAAUAAAUUGACGUACAAUUUUGACCGCUUUUUUUUAACCUACAGGGAUUAUGCGUACACACACAAGUUGAAAAAAAAAAUUCAUCAGCAGAUUGAGCAGAUUAAGCAGAUUGAGCAGAUUGAGCAGAUUAAGCAGAUUGAGCAGAUUGAGCAGAUUAAGCAGAUUGAGCAGAUUGAGCAGAUUAGGAAUAUUCACUUGGAGGGGAAAUCCUCCCGACUGCCUUCACAUGGUAGUGCCAACGUUUUAAAUAGGCUCGGCGCUGUUAACCCAUGUGCCAAGCGGGUCAAACGUGGCAACUCUGAGCUUCAAGCGGGUGAUGAGUUGGGAGGGGGGCUCCCCUGUUUUGACUCCUCCAUACGGUUCGCCCAAAAUUCUUCCGUCAAUCAGCACUUGGGCGAUGCCCCUUCAGCGAUUGCCCCGUCUGCGGCUGCUCCUUUCCCAACGGUGGGCUCGCCGCCCAAUCGAGCUACCCCCAAUGAAUUACCCAGUGACCUUUCCCAGCUAGGCUCCCCACAGGAGAGGCACUACCUGCUCGACACGCUUCUCAGCAUCAGUAGAAGCCUCAGCGAUUUGAAGUUUGCGCACAUGGGGCUGCUAAACGAGGUGGCCAGCAGGUUGCAGAGCCACUUCGUGGAGGCGGCCCAGGAAGGGGUACAAAUGCAAUCUCGUGACGAUGUUGAUCAUUCCCCAUAUGGCGAAUUUGAGGAACGUAGCUAUCCCCCCCCUGCAAGCAAAAUUUUUUACAUCAUGCAGUGCCACCUCUACCUGCAAGUGGACCACCAUAUGCUCUACAAAAGCAUCCUGAACACGUAUAAGAACCACCUGCCCAAGGUGGGCAAUUUGGUAGUUCUGUUCUUCCUGCUGGCAAAGAAUAAGUUAUUCCCCUCCAAGACCAUCCACCUGUUUGAUGCUCUGUUUAGGGAGAAGAUAAGCCAAGGGCAGUUGGAUGAGGGGGACCUGUCAACCCUUUUGCAGUCCUAUGCGAUGCACAACUACAGGGAGGGGUCCGUCAUUCGGUUGAUACUUUCGCGUUUACUGCCCAGCUGCGUUAGUCGAAAUCGCGGCGUUAGCGGAGUUAGCGGCGUUCGCGGAGAUGACGUCAAUCACGCCAAUCACGUCCAUCAAGAAAGUUCCUGCUUUAAUCCCGGCGAGGUUCCCCUUCCAAAUGGUCGAAGUGUGCGAAGUGGCAAGUGGAGGCAGACCGCGAACUGUUGCGGGGGUGACCCAAACUGCAGCGGGGAAGAUCCCCAGACAUUCAGCCCCCGCGUGGACCUCCCCGGAAAGGUAAAAAUACUCCACAGCUUGUUCAAGUUGGACGUAUACGAAGAAGCACUUAUCUGCGAAGUAUCCAACGGGGUGAGCGAGGACAGCAUAAAUCAUCUGGGCUAUAAGGAGCUAGCCAAAUUGCUGCUAGCCAUGUGCUACUUCUCCGUAGAUAAUGCACAUGCAUACAAUUUGAUUAUAAAAAAUUUAAUAAAAUUUGACAUCAUUCUAGAUAAUGUGUACCUAACCCAGCUGAAGAUAUGCGAGCUGGCCCUUCGAACGAGACACGUCCCAAAUGUCUAUGACCGGUUGAACGAGGAGUGCAAAGAAUAUAUGGCUUUCGUAAAAGCGAAAGAAAAAGGGCUAGAGUACCACAUUAAGUCAGAUUUGCAGAAAGAAAUUAAGAACAUCCUUUUGACCUUUAAUUUGUGCCUGUCGGAGGAGGUACCCCUUGGACCAUAUGACGUCGACUUUGUGGAAGAAGACGAAACGUUUUUCCGCAUUCCCAGAAAUUGGCAUCUUCGCAGGGAUGGUCAGGCAUUCCUCACCCCCGGGGGGGGAACACAGCAUAGUGCCAAUUAUAAUAAACAUCCACCCCAUCAGGGGGAGUCCGCCCCGAUGGGCCACCCUCCAGAAGGUGACUCACCAAAUGGAAACCCCCCCAAAAGAAGAACCAAAUUAAUCAUUGAGGUAAACGGAGAACACCACUUCUACAAAAACAGCAAAUCCUACACCGCGCUGUCGAAGCUCAAGCACAAGUUAUUAAGCGACCUCGGCUACACGGUUGUUAACAUACCGUAUUUCGAGUGGGGGCAGCUAAAAAGCAACUUAGAUAGAAAGGCCUACAUUAAAAAAUUAAUUUCAGACAGCCUUACUUUUGAGGUGGUGAAUGUUUUGCCACUUAACCAGAAGAGUGAACCGCUGGGGGGGGAAGAAAUGGCAAAGGUCGCCUCAACCAUUCGGCAGAGCAGACGAAGGACCGACUUUUUAAGCGGCAUUGCCAAGUUGAGGGGGAAAAAUAAGUUGGCCUUUUUAAAGAGGAAAGUUAAAAAUGUCUAG